UCUCCAUCUACAUCUCCAAUAGUCUACACAGCCUGCUUUAUCACCUACCUCUCUUUUCGCAACAUGCCUUCAACAGUUCUUGUCGACAGCAAGGUACCUGGCGUUCGGUGCCCGACUUGCGCCGCUGAGGGAAAGGAAGUCUGGGUCAUUCCAGGUCGCUUCUGUGGAUUCUGCGGGACUGCUUGCAUUGACUGAUCGUCAGUGAUGUCUGGCUUUACUCGGAUAAAGCAUGAGUGACAUCUGGGCGCAAAGGCGUUACCAGGCAGCGUACCUCUCUUUCUUUUUGACAUGGGCUUGGUCCCUAUCCCAUCCCAUCCCCUACUGUUUCUGCGAAUGUCUCCCUGGAUAUUGCGACGCCUCGUUGACGAGUGCUUCAUUUAUCUUUGGCUCUAUGUUAUUUCUUUGCAGCUUCGUCGUUCGCCGGGCGUUCGGUUUCGUUGUUGUGUUAUUGAUGCUGAACUGUCAAAGACAGAAUUUGAUGACUCUGCCUGCGGAUAUAGUACGGUUUUGGUGGGUGAUGGCAGAAGGUCGACUACUUCAGAGGUUCAAGAUGUAUGUAAGGACAGGGAUGGACCAAGAAUGUUACACGACUCAUAUGAGAGCCAAGUGUUAAUAAAUUAUGCAUGGAAUUUGUUACUGAGA